CUCUUCCGCCAUAUUUAGCAAAACAUGUCGGUUUGCAGCGUGUGUAUGACAUGACGCAGAGGUUUCUAACAUGGGCGACGCGCGUUUGCAGGUGUCCCACCAUAAAAAAUUUGGAGGAUGGAUGCAUGAAGAGAGCAUGCUUGAUAAAAUGAGCCUGGAGUUUUUCAACUGGGAUGAUUUGCCCGAAGAUGAUGUUCAAAUUCUAAAUGAGGCCUUAAAGAAUGGGAGCGGCUGUGUCGAGUUGCCUUGGCAAGAUGAGGAACACUGCCUGGAUACUGACGCAUUGCCCUCUGAGCAACCGGGUCUUCCAAGUUGUGCCGACACCCUCGAAGCGCAGCCAACCUUGGUCAGCCCAAUGCAGGAGACAUUGCCAGUACAGCCGCUCUACAUGCAGCCUCAACAGGUGUAUCCACCAGCUCAGUAUUCAGAAAACCACCACCAUCUACCUGUUGUAAACCCGGAGAUGGUGUGCGACUUCAAUGAACAGCUCCAGCCUCAACCUACUCUGCCAUUAGAGGGUAUAGGGAAACGUCCUCCAGGGCGUAGAGUCCAUCACAGGAACAAAGGAAUGCACCACAAUUCUCGAGCCGAGCCUGCAGCACCUCCACCUACAGCUGAGGUUAUGGAACAGAUGGAGGAUCCUGUGGGCCAUAUGCCUCUCGCGUAUGCCCCUGGCCAGACUGGUUAUUCUUACUCAUUCCCUCAGCCUGUGUACUACAUGUGCGUCCCGACAGCACAGCCUUUCUACAGUCCUACCCAAGGCCACCAUCCACUGUCAUUUGUUACGGCCAUGGUCUCGCCCCAGCCUCCACCGCAUGUGGCCAUGGCAGCUCCCAGUACACUGGCCAGUGAACCAGUGACAGGGGCCCAUUAUGCUGAGCCGCCUGAUCUGAGCCUGUCCAAAGAAGAAGUGGCAAGCCCAGCGACCACCAGCACCAGUGAAACGCUUCCAGCAGUUGUGGAUAAUGUGGAACCAGUUGUGGGUGAUGUGGAACCAGUUGUGGGCGAUGUGGAACCAGUUGUGGGCGAUGUGGAACCAGCUGUGGGUGAUGUGGAACCAGCAGAGCUUUUGGCCAGUAGUGUUCCCAGUGAGGCAGAUGAAGCAAUGCAUGAGAUUGCCAAACCUGCGUCUCCUUUGGCAACCUCUUUUCCCACUGAUGUGCCUGAAGUAGCUGUGCCUGUUGUUGAGCAACCUCCUGUGCCUGUUGAGCAAGCUCGAGCUGUGACCACAGUUGAAGAGUCGUGUGCUGAACCUCCUGUAGUGAAUGGGUCUGGAUCAGCCAGGCGCUGCUGGGCUGACCUAUUCAAGAAAGGCUCGGGUGAAGUGGAAGGAGCAAGCAAGCUGCUGCCACUUGUGCCCUUUGGCAGUAACUGUGAGGAUGAAGUGCGACCAUGCGGGUCAUCUGUACCAGAGUCUGUUGACGUCAGGCUUGGAAGGGCUUUGCACAAGUUCACUGUCGAUCACUCACCUCCUUUGAUUCAACCUCGGGGCUUGGAGAAUGGCAAGAACUGGUGCUACAUCAAUGCCAACCUCCAAGCCUUGUUGGCUUGUCCAGCAUUCUUCAAUUUGCUGAACAAUUUGCCUCUGGUACCUGGCUUGCCUGGCUCCAAUGCAACGCCUUUCAUGGAGUGCCUCAUAUAUUUUCUGCAGACCUAUGCUGUUCCCAUGGUGCGUGAAAAUGGCAAGAAGGGUGAAAUGGUUGUUGCAAAAGCGUAUGACCCUGCACGUUUCAGAAACCUUCUCAUGAAGAUAAAACCCGACUGCAAAAAGGGGAAGCAAGAGGACGCAGAGGAAUUCUUAAGCUUCAUGUUGAAUGGUUUGCAUGAUGAAAUGGUGUUAUUGAUGCGUUCUGUCAGCAAUGGUCUCAAUGGACAAUGCAAUGGAGAGGCUCAGCCACCGGUUGAGUAUGUUGAUGACGAUGAUGAAGGUGCUUGGAAGACUGUCAUUCAUCGCAAUCGACAUCAAGUGACACGUUCUGCAGAGUAUUUACCAUCUCCAUUAAUGGACAUAUUUGGGGGUGAAAUGCGCUCCUCUGUGACAGCUGAUGGAGAGACAUCUGCUUCCCUUCAGCCAUUCUUCACUCUGCAGCUGGACAUUCAGGAUGGAUUUAAAAGCGUAGAUGAUGCGUUGCUGCACCUAGCUGCUGAAGAGAAGGUGCAAAAUUACCACAGCAGCAAAAGCAACAAAGAGGUUGAUGCUUUGCGUAGAACUACAUUGGAAAAAUUACCGCUGGUGCUUAUUCUUCAUCUAAAACGUUUUGUGUAUGACAAGCAUGGUGGCUGCAAAAAGCUUAUGAAUUCCAUACACAUACCUCAUCAGCUUCAGCUUGAUCGCAAAUUGGUGCCAUCCAGUGAAAGGUGGUCAAAUAAGCAGCGCUGCUAUAUUCUGUUUGCAGUAUUAAGCCAUAGUGGGGAGCGCACCGACAAAGGUCAUUACGUGACUGAUGCCUUCCACCCAGCAGGACGCAGAUGGUUUCGCUGUGAUGACGACAAUGUCUCUCCCAUUGCCCAAGGUGACCUGCUGCGCUUUGAGAACUCAUCUCUUGUGCCCUAUCUACUCUUCUAUCGACGUGCGGACACUGAACAUCAGGCUAGGUAGACAGAAUACCAGUUUAUAGGACUUUCAAGGCGGACUGGGCAAAGCGUUGCCUACAAGUGGUGGGCCAGUGUUUGCUAGGGUUGUUUUGUGCGUACUUCUAAAUUCAGGCUCCCUUUCAUUGGGUGCUUCAUUCUUGUUCAUUUUUUGUGUUUUGUUUUCCCUUUGUGCUAAGUGAGGUACUACGCUACACAGUCAGCUUUGUGCUGUGUGUCUGUCACUUUACAUGUAGUUUAUUGCAAAUUGCCUUUUGCUUGCUUUCUUUUGUUUAAUAGCUGUAUCACUCAGUGUGUUCCCUUUGGCUGACAAUGUGUUACUCUGGUUUUGUCUAUUUGUGUGUGCACAGCUAUUUAUUAUGGGCCUUCUCUCCUUGCACCAAGUUCACCCGUGUGCUUUUCAUGAUGCUGUGGGGGCUGGGGGAGGAAGGGUCUGCUUGGUGCUCUUCCUCCCCCAGCUAAUGCCUACCUGCUGGCAACCACUUUGUUGUUCUGCAGUUUGUGUGUAAACCUGUACAUAAAAGAGUGUUAUGCAAGGGCAUCAAGCAAAAACUUAUACUACUAGCUGCUAUAUGCAGACUCUUUUAUUGAAAAUAAGUUUUUAUGGUUGGUGUGCUUUCUAUGGAGUUAGUAGGGCAAACGGAAGACACUCACAUAAGUGCCUCAUGUUUCAUAGUUCCACAUGCUACUGUGCUCAUAUGCAACCACAGUCUAAAAUACAUUACGUAUUUUGCCUAUCCACCCCCCCCCCCCCCCCUUCAACUGAUAAGAGCAGCCAUCAUGUAGGACUUGUUAACUUAAUGCCUUCAUGACAUCUCACUUCUGUACCCCACCUUUGGCCCGGUCCUCGUGCUUUCAAGAUAUAUUAUUGAAACUUUACUCUUGUUGCACUUGACUGCACUAAUUUCAAAAAUUUUAUUCAGUAUAAUUACUGUUGUCUUUCAUUUUUGUAGCUGUUGAACAGCUUGAUUGCAACUAUUUUUGUCAUGAAGCAUUACUUCAGUAACUUGAAGGUUGGAGAUUUUAGUAUAAGAGUCUUGCUUCAGUAACUUGAAGGCUGUAGAUUUUAGUAUAAGAGUCUUGCUUUAGUAACUUCAAGGCUGGAGGUUUUAGUAUAAGAGUCUGUUUAUUGCCAUAUAUAAUAUGAAGUAUGUUUGUAAUGCUCAGAGACAACCAACAAUAUUGAAAGCAGCCACAUUUUGCAUGGAUGGUGAUGACCUACUUUCAUGCAGUGAUGGAUGCUCUAGCAUCUCUGCCUUUAAUUUUUUAGAAUAUGCAAAUGGUUAAAGGGUAACAGAAAGGACACUGCCUUAUCCUUGCAGCAGAAAUUCUAACAUUAAGUAAUGAUUCUGCUUGGGAUGCUGAGCGGUGACACCUUAAACAACCAUCAAAUAUAAAUGCCAUGUAUAUUCUGAAUCUUGCUCAUUUUCUUUGCUUUUAGAGGGUUCUGUAAAGUGUGUUUUUAGUUUAUCUGCUAGUUGCACUUCAUCUGUUUGCACUGUAGAUCUUUUCACUUGGCUUAGUGUGCAAAAAAAUAUAACUGUGAAGCCAACUCCUUUUGUGAAGACUUGGCUCACAUUCUGUGGGUUCUGUACAAUGAAGAGUUCCUGCACAUUAUCAGUGUUCUCAGGACUAAGAACAUGCAUGGAAAUUAUUCUUGCAUAUUUACUGAUAAAUUGUAUCAAGUUGUGGGUCA